AUGCGCUCCCUACGCUCAUGUGCAACGCGCCGAUUGCGCGCAUCUCUCGCCUCUGAAUCUGCCGCCUCGUCCCCGUUCCGCACGCGCCAAAGCACCGCACCAUGUCUCCUCUGCGCGCACCGCAUAGCACCCCAAGCAUCGCUUCGACGCUUCCAGUCGACAUCGAGCAGCGCAAAUGCCGUGGAAAAGCCGUUUGGCACACAAACACCCAGUACAAACCAGUCGCCACAAGUCCCGCAAACACACUACGACUUCUUCCCCUCGACGCUGCCAGACGGCCCCCCGCCAAACGGACCUUUUGCCAUUGACCUCUCCGCCUUGAAGCGCGAGUUUCUCCAAUUGCAGGCGCGCGCGCAUCCCGACCUGCAUCCCCAGGCGAACAAGAAGCGCGCCGAAGCAACGUCGGCGCGCAUCAACGAGGCGUACAAGACGCUUCAGAAUCCGCUGCUGCGGGCGCAAUAUCUGCUUUCGCUGCGGGGCAUCCAGGUCGCCGACGACGAGACGGCCAAGGUGGAGGAUCCCGACUUGUUGAUGGAGGUGCUGGAGGCGCGCGAGAGUAUCGAGGAAGCGGAGCGUGAAGAGGAUCUUGAGGAGAUGAGGGAGCGGAAUGAAGAGCGGAUAGCGCAGAGUACCGAGAUACUCGACUCGGCGUUCAAGCAGGAUGACUUGGAUGCGGCCAAGAGCGAGGCGGUUAAGUUGCGGUACUGGGUCAAUAUUCGAGAAAGCAUUGAGAACUGGGAGAAGGGUGCACCGGUUGUAUUGCAGCAUUAG